AUGUCCCCUUGGAUGGAAUGUAUGGUGAAUUCACCCACAAAGCGAUUAAGGACCUCCUUAGACUCUAGAUUAUCGUUGUCACGUUUUAAUUUUCUGUUUAACAACGAAAUACUAUCCGAUAUUAAUUUUAUUGUGGGAAAAAAUAAACAAUUUCGAAUACCAGCUCACAAACUGAUUUUAGCAGCUGCAAGUGAUGUGUUUGAAACAUUGUUUUUUGGAUCUUUAGCAACUAAAUCUGAUCAAAUUAAAUUACCUGACAUUGAACCAACAAUAUUUUUAGCAUUUCUAAAAUUUAUUUACACAGAUGAAAUGAAAAUCGAUCAUGAAACAGUGAUGUCUACCUUAUACGUAGCAAAGAAAUACAAUGUAACAGCUUUAGAAGAUUAUUGUGUAGAUUAUUUAGAAACAAAUUUAGAUUGUGAUCAUGCUGUUUUAUUGUUAAGACAAGCCAAGUUCUUUAAUGAGCCAGAAUUAGCAGACAAAUGUCUAAAUAUUAUUGAUCAAAACACAAUAGAAGUUUUAGCUGUUGACGAUUUUAAUGAUAUUGAUUUGGAGACUUUAAUUGAACUAUUAAAACGGGAUACUUUACAAAUUAAAGAAUCAAAGUUAUAUGAAGCCGUUUUAAGAUGGACGGAAGUAGAAUGCGCCAGAAGAAAAUUAACCCUUACAUCAGAAAAACAACGAUUAGUUUUAGGGCCAGCAAUUAAGUUAAUACGUUUUCCAUUAAUGACAAUUGAAGAGUUUAAUAAUGGCCCUGUUCAAAGUGGAUUAUUGACUGAUCGUGAAAUUCAAGAAUUAAUGUUAAACAUUACAGUUAAUUCAAAGCCAGCUGUUGAAUUUUCGGAUGUACCUCGACACUGUGAAAAAUUGAUUAGAAAUGAACAAGUUGUGAACAGAUUUAAAAGUAUUCGUAAUAAGUUUUUGAUCCGGCGUUGUAUAAAUGAUGGUAUUAAUUUGAUGGUUGAUCGUCCUAUAUUUCUGGUUGGAUUUGGUUUGUAUGGCUCUAAACAAGCACAUGUUUUAUUGGAUGUAGAUUUAGAAUUAAUACAUAAAGAUACAAACAUAGUGUGUGCUUCAAAUAAAGCUUCAAUUCAAACUUCUGAUGGUUCAAAUCAAACAUAUAAAGUUAAAUUCAAGGAACCAAUUAAGAUUACACCAAACACAAAUUAUACAGCUAGCGUUACAAUUACAACUAAACCAGUUGGGUGUUGGUACUACGGUACUGAAGGACAAAGUCAAGUUAUAAUUAAUGAUUUAAAUGGCAAACCCAUCACUUUUCAAUUUGCAUCCAUUGGACGUGGUUUUACAGAUGUGAUUAAAGGACAAAUACCAGAAAUAAUAUUUACAUAUUUAUAAAUAUUUUGU